GCGGCGGGCGGCCCUGCCAGCCACCUCCUCGCCGCGGCCGGUCGCUGCCUCCGCGACGCGGCGGGGCGAGCUGCGAGAGCGGCGGCCUCCCGCGGGGCCCGGCGGCGUAAGCGGCGGCCUAGGGGAGCCCGCGGCGGGCUCGGACUCUUGAGGGGGGCCCCGCGGCCGAAGCGGGGGGUACCGCAGCGGCGGAGCCUGCCUCGCCCAGCCGGGCCCGCUCCUCCUCGCCGCUGCCGGCGGGAGGGACGGGGCGGCGGAGCGCGGAGCGGCCCCCGAGGCCGGCGGCGGGAGGAGGGAGCAGCGGGCGCGGGGCUCGGCGGAGCAUGCCCUGAGGGCGGCCGCGGCUCGCUGCCAUCCCGGCCGCCGGGGUGCGCGGUGCAUGGUGUGGGGACGCACGGUCUCGAUAAUAAAUGAUAGAGGAUACAAUGACUUUGCUGUCUCUGCUGGGUCGGAUCAUGCGUUACUUCUUGCUUAGACCGGAGACCCUGUUCUUGCUGUGCAUCAGCCUGGCCCUGUGGAGUUACUUCUUCCACACAGAUGAGGUGAAAACCAUUGUUAAGUCCAGCAGGGAUGCGGUGAAGAUGGUGAAGGGCAAGGUGGCCGAGAUCAUGCAGAAUGACAGGCUCGGGGGGCUAGACGUACUGGACGCAGAGUUCUCCAAGACCUGGGAGUUCAAGAGCCACAACGUGGCUGUCUACUCCAUCCAAGGCCGGAGGGAUCACAUGGAGGACAGGUUCGAAGUAAUCACUGACCUGGUGAACAAGACUCACCCCUCCAUCUUCGGGAUAUUUGAUGGGCACGGAGGAGAGGCAACAGCAGAAUAUGUGAAGUCCCGCCUGCCUGAAGUCCUAAAGCAACAUCUUCAAGACUAUGAGAAGGACAAGGAGAACAGUGUGCUGUCUUACCAAACCAUCCUGGAACAGCAGAUUCUAUCAAUUGAUCGAGAAAUGCUGGAAAAACUGACUGUGUCCUAUGAUGAAGCAGGCACCACUUGUUUGAUCGCGCUGUUGUCAGACAAAGAGCUCACGGUGGCCAACGUCGGUGACUCGCGAGGAGUCUUGUGUGACAAGGACGGGAAUGCCAUCCCCUUGUCACACGAUCACAAGCCCUACCAGCUGAAAGAGAGGAAGAGGAUUAAGAGAGCUGGUGGUUUUAUCAGCUUCAAUGGCUCCUGGCGCGUGCAGGGGAUCCUGGCCAUGUCCCGCUCCUUAGGAGAUUACCCUCUGAAGAACCUCAAUGUUGUCAUUCCCGACCCUGAUAUCCUUACCUUUGACCUGGACAAACUGCAGCCAGAGUUCAUGAUCCUGGCCUCAGAUGGGCUGUGGGAUGCUUUCAGCAACGAGGAAGCUGUCCGAUUCAUCAAGGAACGCUUGGAUGAACCACACUUCGGUGCCAAGAGUAUAGUUCUACAGUCCUUUUACAGAGGAUGUCCUGAUAACAUCACAGUGAUGGUGGUGAAGUUCAGGAAUAGCAGCAAAACAGAAGAACAGUAAUUACCAGUGGUUCUCUGCCUCACUCUGAACUUAAACCAAACUCUUACAAUUUAAACAUAGUAGAAAGCUCUAGGAAAUACUGCUAAGAUUCACACAAAAGGAACAGAUCCCUUUGGUCUUUGCUUAACAAAAGGAGCAAUACAACAGUUUCGUCCUGGGUGAUUAUAAGAAUUAAGUUUGUUCACAUGUACCUGUCUCCUGUGACCUUGCUCCUCCUUAGAAGCCAACCAUAAUCUUCCAUUUCAGAAUAUUCUUUACAAAUCCUCUGUAGACUUUUCAUUUGAUUCCUCCCCUCUUGUUUCUGGCAGUCAGGGGGUCAUUGGGCUGCAGGGCAGGGCAGUGCUGCUGCUCCAGAGCCAGGGACAGGAACGAUGCUGUGGAACUUCAGAGUGAUGCACUCAUGGUUCUCAUCUCUUCUGUUUUAAUCUGCAGUGAUGAGGUUUGUGUAGGAAAAGGUUUGCAGUUAUUGGCCUGUUACUGACCUGAAGGAGGAAGAGAAGCCAACCACUAGCCUGCCGCCACAGAGCUGGCUCCCUCACCUUGUUUAACCUCCUCCUUAAAUAAAGCCAAGCAUGUGAUUAGGUAUAGUUACCACAUUACCUGAAGCCACAUGUUUAUUCAGGCUCUGCAUUACUCUAAUAACGUUUCUUCUAUGCCAUAUUCUAUUCAAAUGCACUCAUGUUAAACCCUGGAAAAAUCCUAUGAGGUCUGACACCUUCUACAUCAAAAACUAGCUCUGUUGUGAUAAAGAAUGUCUGGCAUUCACUGGGACUCACCCCUACGUUAGUUUUUUGGCAUGGAUUUUUCAUAGGCAUGGAAAGGAAGUAAUACAAGAUAAAACUGAUUCUGUUGGUGACUGUUUGGAAAACUAAUAAAUCAAAACAAGGCAUUCUUUAGAGCUAUCUAGGUGGAGGUCAAGCCUAUUGAGAGACCUUUCGCACCACUGCAGAUUAAUUUGUGGUAUUAAUCCAGGGGAAGACCACUUGAGAAAUUGUUUCUUGGUAUGAUAUAUAAAUGCCAGGUAGUGUCAUUGCGCUGUAGAGACAAAAGCUUGUGUUAAACCUAGGUAAAACUAUGUUUAGAUCUACCUUUCAGUAUUUAAUUGUAUUUUGGAAUCUGUGAAUUUGAGCAAUGACAGCCUGAGUUUGCUCUGCAUCUGGUAACUUGGCUGGGUGCUUCAUGAUGAAGAGACAGCAGCAGCAGAGUGACAAGGCAGGGGGUGCUAGAGGAGCAGAGCCAGGACUGGGGUUGGAGGUUAGUGUUUUGGAUGGCUUGUUAUCUGUAUCGUGUCUCACAAUAAUGCUCGGGGUUCCGCCCCCCCCCUGCAAAACAUCAUCCUGGAUGAUCCACUGAAGUCCCUUGUCCUCAAGGUGAUGGAGGUUGUCAGCACUUGGGUCCUGAGGUGAAUCAGGGAUUAAUGCAUUAAUGAACACUGUCUGUUUCGUGGGUAAGGAGACACUGUUCUGUGGUUAAAAAGCUGCCUGUUUCUCAUCACCCCCCCAGGGCCUUUCUGGGCUCAGGCCUUGCUGCUCCCCCAGCACCAUGACCUGUCCUGGCUGUGCUGAGCUGAGCAGGUGUGAUGGCCCUCCAGGCAAAACGAAAGAGCACAAAUUCUGCUCUCUGACUGAGAAGGAAUUCCCAUCUUAGCCUGGUAAUUUUUGUUCCUAGGUUCUCUCUUCCCCAACAAACUUCGCUCCUGUGGUUUGUUUGGAGAUAACCACAACUCCUAAUGGGAUACCUUGCUGGCAGCAGUGCUCUCCAAACGUGCAGAGCCUUUAGCAGCCUCUUCUCAUCCCAGACGCUGGGGAGAGCCCCUUGACUCUGAGGAGCAGGCAAGUGGAAAGCAGAAGUAGGGAAGGUUUUGGACAUUUUAAGUCUCUUGGACAGAGCGUUCUGUGAAUUUUAAAUGCAACUUUGCAGUUAAACUGAGCAGCUCACAGGAAAUGUUAGUAUCUGCAAACUGCCUCAGUUAUUUUAUUUUGAAAAGGUAUUUGAGGUUGGAGUGCUGUGAAGUGAACCCCUGGUGUGGUGUUUCCUUGGGAGUGCUGCAUCUCGCCCUCAGCAGGGCUCCAGCAGCAGACAGGGCCUUUGCCUCUCCUCUCUCCCUCACAGGGGGUGUUUCCUUGGUACUAGCUUGUCACUGUAGGACACCAGCCUGCAGGUUUGUCACAACAGCUGCCCAGGGAACAGAAGACUCACAGCCAGCAGCCUACAGAACUCUUAAAGCAGAGAAACACUUGUACAGCAGGGACAUCACUACAACCCUGCACAGGCAUUUGAAAAUUUGGAACUGCAGCAAUGGUCAGCUCCAAAAAGCUAUCACAGGGAAGAGCUCAGGGCUGGCACUGAGCCUCCUGCAGCUGACGUUCUGGGGGCUGGGAGCAUGGCUGAGGGGUGCCCUCAGCACCACUCACUGCUUGCUCCAGCACUUGGAUAGACAGGGCAAGGAGAUGGCAGAACCACAGGUAUUCACAGCUUCACCAGAAACUGGGAGGAGGCAGUGGGGGGGUGGCUCUCUCUGGAAUGCUCCCAGGAUUUAGGAAAACAGUGCAGUGCAAUCCAGAACUGUUCUGCAGAUGUGUCUGGAUAUUCAUUGCAGGCUUCCUUUGCUCUGUCACUCGCAGGCCCAUCGAGCCCCUUACCCAACCCCUGUUUCAACCUUCAGGUGUCUGCAGAUGCAACAACAGUUAUUUUAGCACCUUCAGGUUUCUCUGCAACACUCCCACCUUUCCAGUAGCUCUUCCCUGGCCAAAGGCAUUAAUGGCAGUGAUCUCUGGUAGGGUUGUUGACUUUUGGUUUAAUUACUUUAAAAACUAGCUACAGCUACUUUAGCUUUAAAGGUGGAGGACUACUGGAGAGGAGAGGCUUCCUGCAGUCUUCCACACACAGAGCAGUGCCUACUCCCUGCUAGAAGCCUUCUGGGCAGCCUGUAAUCCCACUCUGGACAUCUGGAACUUUCAUGCAGUUUGUGCCAAAUUCUGUCGUGAUACAUACAGCUGUCGGCUGACAAGAUUAAAUGAUGUACGUGUUGCUUAUGCAACCUAAACCAUCCAGGGGCUGAUCCUCCACUGCCUUAGUAAUCCAUCCCACAGGCACUCCGGGUGGCUUGCACAUCUGAGAGCUCCCUCCUGUGUACGUGAUCACGGGAGGGUCUUGCUGCUGAAGCUCGAGUAGCUCCACCGGUGACAUCUGCUCAUCGAGAGCAUCACAGGGCUGAGAACUGAUACCCUGAUGCUGCUGCCAGGUGGCAUCUUUCAUAGCUCCAGCGUGAAAAAAUAGACCUUCUACUUACUCAUCUGAUCCAGUACUUACAAGAAUUUGGGCUCUUCCCAGUGAUAUUAUAAACGCUUUAACUGACACAGAACAUUUUAAACAUGCUACCAUUUAGUUUGUCGUUCUGGUCCAUGCUGGGGGCGUGGAAGGGCUGUAGCCGUCACCGGGGCAGCCCAGGGGCAGCCCAGGGGCUCCGGCUCCCGGUGCAGCCCGGUUCGGUGGGAUCGCAGCUCCGUCUAGUGGCUGCCCUGCCCUGAGCAUCACGGAUUGUCUACUGACCUGUGAAGGCAAGGGCAGUACCAAAAGCUGCUGCUGCUGUUGUGGCAGUAUUCUACAAUUCUCGUGAGGUAAAAUUCAAAUCCGAACAAGCUGUGAAGUGUUGAGAACACAGAAGCUGGCACUAAAGCACUGCAGCAGCUUGAACUAACAGUGUUUGCUACAAACACACUAAUGCACCUUGAAAGAAGGGAGUUUUGUUGUUCAGCUGCCUCAGAAUACAUGACAUCCUUGCUUUAAAUAAUCUUAAUACAUUGCUGCUGUAUCUAAUACUCAAUUUACACAGAGAAACGUGUAAUGAUUGUACUAAAAGAAAAAAAAAACCCUCACCAGCCUUUGAUUUUCUAAAGUAGGUUUUUAGGUCUCCACCCCAACAUCCGGCUGUACAAAACCACAAGGGUAAAACUGAGAACAUUCUGCUGAAGUUUGGCAACUGUACAGGCCAGAGCUGCUGCCCUCCAUGUUGGCAAUAUAUUUAUAAAUUAUCUUUCUAAACCUGAGGCCUCAUAUCUAUAAGGGUACAUACAAUUACGUCGAUACUGAGUUGAAGUUUAAAUCACUUUUAUUUAGAUAGUGCUGACUAGGCAAGGCUUAGGUGAGCAGCUGUUUCACAUAGUUUUCCUUCUGGUAACUGGAAGUUCUAGGUGUUUGUUCUUACACACCACAGUCUAGAUGCCAUUAGCAAAACGUGCAGCCAAAGCAGCUGGAGGCUCUCUGAAACUGUUGUCAGAAACCAUUACAGAGGCUCACAGCAGGAGCAAUUAUUGCCUAAGUUCUGAAAUCUGCUUUUAUGGGCAGGUCAGCUCCUGUCUGGUCUGCUCAUUCCUAAGGAAGAGCUGAGCUGGCUGAGCUAUAGGGCAAUAAAGCACUUUUUUCCCUGAGUUUAAAUGGCCAGUCCUGUAUUCACAAUCACAGAAUUUUUUGAGUUGGAAGGGACCUUGAAGAUCAUCGAGUUCCAACCCCCUGCAUGGGCAGGGACACCUCCCACCAGACCAGGCUGCACAAGCCCCAUCCAACCUGCCCUUCAACACCUCCAGGGAUGGAGCUCCCACAACAUCUCUGGGCAGCCUGUUCCAGUGUCUCACCACCCUUACACUGAAGAAUUUACGCCUAAUCUCUAACCUAAAUCUCUCUUCUUUCAGCUUAAAACCAUUACCCCUCAUCCUCUCACUGCAAGCCCCUGUAAAAAGCCCCUCCCCAGCUUCCUGCAGGCCCCCUUCAGGUACUGGAAGGCCACUAUGAGGUCCCCCUGGAGCCUUCUCUUUCUUAGACUGAACAACCCCAGCUCCCUCAGCCUGUCCUCAUCACAGAGCUGCUCCCACCCUUGGAUCAUUUUCAUGGCCCUUCUCUGGACACGUUCCAACAGGUCCACAUCUUUCUCAUGCUGGGGGCUCCAGAGCUGGAUGCAGUAUUCCAGGUGAGGUCUCACCAGGGCAGAGCAGAGGGGCAGAAUCACCUCUCUAGAUCUGCUGGCCACACUUCUUUGGAUACAGCCCAGGAUUCCUUUGAGCUGUGGAGAUGCAUCAGCACUUCUAAGGACAUGGACGCUCAGAAGCCCUGAAAAAAAAUCCACUUUAAAAGCUGUUGUGUGGGAAUAUUGCACUGAGCCACUCUAAAACCACUUCUGCCUGGUGUAUCUGGAAGUGCUCUCUCAAAAUGAGACAGACUCGUUAUGGAAAUGAACAGCCAGAACUCUGCAAGGGCAGGUCGGAGCUUUAUGAACAGACACCCUUCCCAGCACACAAGAUAACAGAAGGGAGGUUGAAGCAAUCCAUCUGGGGUCCAGGACAGCUUCCAUUCAGUGCAGCAGGGCUGCAGUUAUCCUAGAUAAGAGCCUCUUCAGGCUCCUUUGUAACAUCUUUUCACUAGAAGCCAGAAGUGGUUUUAAGAUUUUAUCUGUAUUGUAAGCUGAGGGCUGACAGCAGUUUACUCCUCAGCAGAGGGCCAGGGCAGGGAAAACAUUCCAGAGAGGAGAGGCUGGGAUGUCCAGCCCGGCGGGGGGAGGGAACAGGACACCUCCACACCAUCCUGUCUCACAUCCAAAAAACAACUCCAAGGAAUUAGUGCAGCCUGGAAAAUGCACGUGCUGCACAGCAACCAUCAGAAGGCAAGAGGUAAACAGAGCUCAGAUCUAUCAACCUUCUCCAGAGAAGUCACUGGGGGUCAGCCUUGUCUUUUAGUCUUUAUUUUAUAGGAAAACUUAACUUUUCUGUCAUUCCUACCCAGAGUCCUUGUGUUCAGCCGUGGCCCACAGCCUCACACACCAUACCUGGUACCUGCAUCAAAACCUGCCCAGCUCAGCUCACCAGGAGCUGCAGGAAGCUUUUCCAGUUCCUUCCCACCACCUCUGCCUGAGGGAAACUGUAAAACAUGACCCAGGGGUGCACGGAGCUCAGGCUGAAGUGGAGGUGAAUGAAAAUGUGACAAAUAGGGAGCAAAGCUCUGCCUCCCACCCCCCUUCAGCACACCCAACAUAACCCAUGGACACGAGUCAGGUUUGGUUAACCUCCCAUCAGCCUGUAGUUUACAUUUGAAAGAAAUACAAUAAAACUACAUCAUUUUGUGUGCAUCCAGGCAGUGGUGGCCUAGCUACAAUCAACUGGCUUUAGAAGUAACUAACAAACGUAAGACAAAACUUAGGAAAAUCUUCCAGACCUUCUCUGUCCUGUAAAUACUGAGCUGAUCCUAAGGAAUAAUGCCCCUAAACUUGCAGCACCUUCAAUUUCAUGGUUUAUUUCCCUUCUUGAAAGCACGCAAAACACUUUGUGUGUUUUGACCUUUUAACCCUUCUGAAAUAACAUAUGGGCAACAGGCUUGAAAUUUCAGUCUGUAAAACCCCUUUUGCUCUCCACCCAGCAGCAGCUUCCAAACAUCUUUGACCACCAGAUUAUCAUCGGACCUUUUGAGUCAGAAAGCCCCAAACUUCUCACAGCAAAAUCUCAUGUGCUUGGCAUUCUGAUUUAAUACAGCUUUCUGAACCACCUGCCUGCGGAUGAAGGAUCUUAGGAUUUGGGAAAUUCUUUGCCUGUGGUUUAGGCUUCAUUUGUAGUCCAAUAUUGUAGGCAGAGGCAAUAAAAUCUGGGCCCAGGACUGACUUUAGGGCUUACAUUAGCUCACAGCCUUAAGCUGUUCUUACCUCUUGCAUGGCUGCUCAUGCUAGGAGCUCUCCUGUUGUUUGCUCUAAGCACAGACAUUAGCUCAGCUCUGAGUUUUUAUGGUCUUUUAAGCAAUAAUAAGGUCAGACUCAAAUACAAACCAGAUUUGGAAGUUAGGUUUAAAAAAAAAAACCAAACAAACCAACAACACAGGAGCAGGAGUAUUUGACCACGUAAAUUUCUUGCAGAAUUGAUGCCACUUAAGAUGACAGUGGCAGGUGACUGUGUGAAGUGAUGGAUGGCCAGUGUCACCCUUCUGGGGCACAGACACAACAGCCUUGCUGGGUGAUGGGUGGGUUUGUGGCAGCCCCACUCAGCCACUGCUCUGAGACCCUCGUUCCUUACUCAUCAGGAGCUGCCUCCUUCAUCUAUCCACUUUCUGAAGAUCACAUAGUCUUUCUUAAUGACAUUAUUUAUUUUGAAAAAGCAAUACAAAUCGUGCUGUAGUAUCAGUGUUCUUGUGACAAUAUAUUUCUCAAUAUUGAACAUAGCAGGCCUAUAAGUAAAAGGGAGCAUUGUGGGUUUUUUUAGGAUCUAUGAACAGUCAAAGAACAAGUUAAAUACUUCUCACAGAGCUCUUGGGAUCUGACCACAGGACAACAAUCAAACACCAGAUCCUACCACCACAGGAACAGCUGUAGUUGUGCCUGUUCCUAGGAACACAACAGCCUUCUCCCCUCUGUUAUGCAAUACUUUAGCUAUUUAGUUUACCGAAAGGAUCUAUUUUUUAAAAACUUUGCCCUUAACAUACAUUCUUGUAACACUGACAUCUGAAAUACUUGGCUAGAGAGUAUUCUCCCCAAGACCUCAUUUUUAUACCUAAAAAAAUUAACACGUCCUCUAAUUUCAUCACAAACCCAUGUGCGUUGAAAAGCAAAAUCCAAUACUGACCAUAACCACAACGUAACAAAAAAACCUGGUGAAACCUCAGAUGUGGUACUAGAGGUUUCUGCACCUCUUCUAAUUUGUCUCUAAGAGACAAUGAGAAAGACAGCCAAAUGUAAAUACAUGAUAGCACCGUAGCUGUAGGACAAGAAGGUGGCAGUGCUCUGUCAUUCUCCAUGUACAGGAUGUAACUAUAGUAUCUUCACUGUGUAGUGGAUGUGUCAAGAACAAUUAUGUUAAUGCAACUGCAAAUUCUGUAUUGUUGUCUGUUAGAAGUGUAAAGUACUGAAAACUUGGCCUUGCUGAUAUGAAUAAAGUGAUUAGAACACCCAUCUUUA